AUGAACGAAGGAACGAGAAGAAAAGAAAAUACCAAGGUCCAAUUACACAGCAAGCUCCAGAACAUCAAGCAGAAGGAAGUGAGAUGAUUAUAAACAUAAUUAGAGAAUGAUAAACGAAGAUUGGCAUCAAAGGAAAAAUUGAACUGUUGGACUAUUAGGAUAAAGACUAUAAAAAAAUAAAGAAGAAAAAAAGAGAAACAACACUGGACCCUCUAACUCAACUCAAUAUCUAUCUGAAGCAAAGCAGUCGCUUCUACGGUGAGACAGGAGAACAUUAUCACUCUUUGACAUCAUCAAAGUACCACCUAGAUUCCCAGUAGAGUUCUGCUCCAAUAACAUCCUGCUACCCUCUGGCAUAGGGAUUCCCAAUAUCCUAUCAUUUAAACCAGUUGCAGAACAUUUAAUUCUGCCUCUGCUAUUUCCCUCCAGCUGCUUCACAUUAUACCCUGCUGUUAUCACUUCCCAGAAAAGAGACACAGGGCUGCUCUCGCUCAAACUGCUGUUAAACUCUAAUUCCCAUUAUGUACAGCCAACCAAAGACUGCAUACGUGUAAAGGAUUUUGACUAACGGUUGCAGGGACACAUACGUCUCAUCUUUGCCCUAGAGCAGGUGUGCUCAAAAGGUAGAUCCCCAGAUGUUCUAGAACUACAAAUCCCAUGAUUCUUUGCAUGCCUUUAGAAUAACAAAGCAUCAUGGAAGCUGUAGCUUUAAAACAUCGGGGAAUCUACCUUUUGGGCACCACUGCCCUAGAGCAUAGGAUUUCAGGAUGCAAUAGCAGUACGUUAUCAAGAUUCUCCUAAUUCACAGGUGAUUUGUAGAACAGUACCAUAUGUUUCCACCACUAAUACACUUGUGCUUAUGUGUAACUAAAACUGCACUUGUGUUUGAUUUCCAGCUAGGUAUCUGGAAGCCAAUCCAAGUAGUGGUUCCCAAAGCAGUCAUAUUCUCUAAACAAUUCUGGAUUGAGAUUUUUUUUCUAGUUCUGUUUUAAUGGAGGUUACUGAUAAAGCCUGGACCUUUAGAAGUGCUCGGUGAUCUCUUUGGCUAACAGUGUUCUAGAACACAAAUGGUUAUCUGUCAGCAUUUCAAUUACUGUCAUAUGUGUAAGCCAAGAUAAAACAGGCUUCCUGUGCGUCAUUGGAUUAAUUGUCUAUAGCAGCUCAAGAACCAAAGAGGGCUUUAGAUUAUUUAAUACCAUAAUUAUGUAUAAACUUGAUGUUGUAUGAUAGUACCGUUUGGCGAUUUAUCAAAGCAAAAGCAAAUGCUACACUGGGGCAAAGUGCUAAAUAAGAAGCAGUUGCCAUGGAAACCAAUAUAAUCUUUGUCAACAUUCAACAAAGGCACCUAAAAUAGCACCGGCUUUGCCUUGAUAACUCUCUCCCCAUGUGUUUUAAAUGAACAGCGGACAGAUUUAACUAUACUGCAACACAUGCUUUAUAUAAUGUAUUUGGUGUUUAGAAGUGUUAGUGGGAAGAUUGAGAUUCAUCUAUUUCAUCUUGAAAAUUAAGUUUUCUUUUUAUAUUCUGUAAUUAAAGGAAGGCUUUGAUACUAGUGUUUCCAAGGCAGUAAAAAGGUAACUUGCAAGUUCGGCAAGUAAAAUAAGUAACCACCUGACUUGCUGAUAAUAGACUUUAUAUGUCAGAUGGAUGCUGCAAAGCUUUGACGGUAUUCUCCAUAACAAUUUAUGUAUUGGAUGAGAAUACUGGAUUUUAAACGUCAUCAUUUGAUUUAAUAAAUUGAAUUGGAAUGGGCAAUAUAGUCUGCCAAGUGGUAGCUUAUGACUCCCAGGAGGCAAAGCCAGUCCGUGUCUACAUUUUAUGUAGGGCUGCGCUAGCAUUAAGUUUCUGAAGAUGUAAAAUCCCUAUCAUUUCAGAGAUGUCCCGGGAGCAGAUGGAAGGAGUGGUCCGCACGGUGGAAACCCUUCUUGGAGAAGCAGAGACCCUGAGAGCCCGAUGUCAGCGGCAAAGCGAUGAGGUGCGUCAGCUCUGUGAAGACCUUCGCAAUGAGAACAGAGAGCUCACAGAACGCUUCGGCCAGGCGGAAAAAGAUCUGGUUGAGGUGAAACGCUGUGUCAAUGAGCUGAUGGACACAAAAGUGGCGUUCGAAGUCCGCGAGAGGCAGGUGCGAAAGCUGAGCAAACAGCUGUAA